AUGAGUUUCACGGUAGAGCACCACCUCUUCGGCCCGACCUCGUACCGCAAGGCUCGGCCUGCGUCCGUGUCCUCCAGCGGCUUUCACUCCCAGCGCCGCCGCUUCACCUACAGCCAGCCAUCCUCCGUGGACAGCUUGGAAACCUUCAACGGCGACAUGACGCGGAGGAACGAAAAGGAGAUUCUGCAGACCCUGAACGACAGGUUCGCCGGCUACAUCGACAAGGUGCGCAACUUGGAGAUGCACAACCGCAACUUGGAGGCGGAAGCGGCAGCGCUGCGACAGAGUCAGGCCGGGCGCGCCUCCGUUGGGGAGCACUACGAAAGAGAGCUGGGCGACCUGAGGGGUCUCCUGCAGCAGCUGACCGGGGAGAAGGCCCGCGCAGCUCUGGAGCAUGAGCACCUGGAGGAGGACAUCCAGCACCUGCGGGUCAGGCUGGAAGACGAGGCGCGGAACCGGGAAGAGCUGGAGGCUGCUGCGCGCACCAUGAAAAAGUAUGUAGAGGAGUGCAGGAUGGCGCGGAUGGAGCUGGACAAGAAGCUCCGCGCCCUGGAGGAGGAGGCCGUCUUCUUGAAGAAGAACCACGAGGAAGAAGUCGCGGAGCUCCUCGAGCAGAUUCACGGUGCCCAGGUGAGCUUUGACAUGAGAGACACGCUCAAGGCGGACGUCACCGGCGCACUGCGAGAGAUCCGCGCGCAGCUGGAUGGUCACGCAUCCAAGUGCUCAACGCACGCAGAGGAAUGGUUCAAAGUGCGUAUGGAGCGUCUGUCCGAAGCUGCUCGUUCCAACCAGGAUGCAAUCCGUGGAAGCCAGGAGGAGAUCUCAGAGUACCGUCGUCAGCUCCAGAGCCGCACUAUUGAGCUCGAGACUCUUCGGGGAACCAAGGAGUCGCUGGAGAGGCAGCGUAUGGAAUGUGAAGACAGACACCACGAUGACCUCAACUCACUACAGGAGACCAUCAAUCAGCUGGACAACGAACUGAAAACCACCAAAUGGGAGAUGGCCACCCAGCUGAAGGAAUACCAGGAGCUGCUGAACGUGAAGAUGGCUUUAGAUAUUGAGAUUGCUGCUUAUAGGAAAUUACUGGAGGGAGAGGAGACUCGCUUUGGUUCAGGAGGAGGUGCGUACUCUUACCUGGAAAGCAGAAUCUCUUCCCAUUUGAAAAUGAAAGGAGAGGAGAUCUCCGACACAGUCAUCGUGGAGGAACAGACAGAUGAGACCCAGGUCACAGAGGUGACAGAGGAGGCAGAUGAGGAGGAAGAGGAGGGAGAGAAAGAAGGAGAAGAAGAAGAAGGCGAGGAAACCAAAGAAGAGGAGGAAGGAGGUGAGGAAGGAGAAGACAAGGAGGAGGAAGGAGAGGGAGAAGAAGAGAAGGGGGAGGAAGGAGAGGGUGAGGAGGAAAAGGAUGAGGAGAAGGGAGAGGAAGAGGAGGCAGGUGAGGAGGAAGAGAAGUCCAAAUCUCCAGAAAAGGCUGCGUCCCCUCAGCCCAAAUCUCCCGCUGUCAAAUCACCGGAAUCUAAAUCCCCACAAAAAUCACCAGAAUCUAAAUCACCAGCACCCAAAUCCCCAAUGCCCAAAUCACCCACUAAGUCGCCCGCAGUCAAAUCCCCUGCAGGAGAUGAGUCAAAGUCACCUGUGUCAAAAUCCCCACCCAGCAAAUCCCCUGAAUCUAAAUCUCCCCGCCCCAAGACCCCAGAACCAAAGUCUCCAGAAAAAGAGAAGGCCGAGCCUGCCGCCGCCAAAGACACCCCUAAAGAGGAGAAAAAAGAGGAGAAGCCUCAGCCUGUCAAGGAGGAGAAGAAGGAGAAGGAAGAACCUGUAAAGGAGGAGACGAAGGAAAAGCCCAAGGAGAAGGAGCCAGAGAAGGCCGACAAAGCUGAUACAAAGCAAGACAGCAAGGCAGAUGACACUUCUAAACCUGCCGCUCCCAGCAAGCCCACUGAGGACAAGCCUGCCCCCAAGCCUGAGCCUAAAGAGAGCGCUCCCCCCGCCAAGGAGGAGAAACCCGCUGCUCCUAAAUCAGAGAAGGCCGAGCCGGAGGCAAAGCCCGCCUCUAAAGCAGAGCCCGAGAAGACAGAAGCCAAGAAGGAGGAGAAGAAGCCAGAGGAGAAGCCCGCACCUAAAGCCGAACCCGAGAAGACAGAGAGCAAGAAAGAUGAGAAGAAGCCAGAGGUGAAAAAGGAAACCAGUAAAGAAGAGAGUAAGGAGGUGAAGGAGGGAGGGAAAGCGGAGAAAUCUUCUGGCACAGAAUCAAAGGAGAGCAAGCAGGAGGAGAAGGCCAAGAAGUAAGAGUGACGCACUGUGAUUCAAGGCACAAGGAGAGGAGGAGAUGCCAAAGAACAAUGAGGAAGGGAGAGUAAAGAGCAGGAGAAAAGAGGCUGGAUGCACCCAGCAGUUCAGAUGGGCGCUUUAAUGUCCAAAGCAAAGCAGGUGAUGGUAUGUAAGCAAUAGUGAUUUCUGUAGCAAAUAACCCCCUGCUCCCUAAGUAUGGCCAUUACACACCCCUGAUGCUUCUGAUGUAUGACUGUAGUGAAUGCAGAAUGCUUUAAACUCUUUAUCUGAAUGUGACAACUGCCCUUAAUAAAUAACAAGUGCAUUAAAACCGAAUCCCGCUGACGGGGACCGCAGGGGCCUGCUGUACCUACACGAGCCUUCAAGGGUAGAGAUGUCAAAACAAUGUCAAGCUAAAGAUUGUGACAGAUAUUGAAUAUAUAUAAAAAGUAUAUUUAAGGAGAUACAAAUGUCUAUAUUAUAUUUACAGAUAGAGGAAAGUUACUUGAAUUUUUGCUUGUUGUGGACCAUAACGCAGCUUCUCCUGAAAGACGAGCUGUAGCGUCUCACUCUUCUGGUCUGCAAUGAUGACUAUGUGUUAUGUAUUAACUGCUGAGAAUAUGCAAUACGAAACAGAU